AAAAAAAAAAAAAAAGAAGAUAAAAAUGGAAAGCAUAAUGUUAAUACCAACAUGGCAAGUAUAUUUCUUGUUUGGGGUGUUCACAUGGAUUAUUUUUUCUUCAAUUUUUAAUUUCACCAAAAAGAUUAGAUCUUUAGCACAACCAUGUGUUAUUCAUUGUGUUGUUUCUGGUACUCCUACUAUUCUUCAGAUCCAGAAAUAUCAGCAUGGUUUUUUGGAUGCUUUCUUCUCUGGGCUAUCUUGUGUUGUUUCUGUGCCCUUUUAUACUGGCUUUCUUCCGUUGCUAUUUUGGAGUGGACAUGGGAAAUUGGCAAGGCAGAUGACACUUUUAAUGGCGUUUUGUGAUUAUUUAGGGAAUUGUAUAAAGGAUGUGGUGUCUGCUCCUAGACCCAAAUCUCCACCAGUGAGGAUACUAACUGCCACAAAAGAUGAGAAAGAGAAUGCAUUGGAAUAUGGAUUGCCGUCUUCUCACACUCUUAAUACAGUUUGUUUGUCAGGUUACCUCUUGCAUUAUGUCUUAUCAUGCCAUGAAAGUAUGGGUUCAUUCUAUCACAUAGCAGGAAUUACAUUUGUUUGCUUGUUCAUAGGCCUUAUUGGUCUCGGAAGAAUAUAUCUUGGUAUGCAUAGUGUGAUCGACAUCUUUGGUGGGCUUGUUCUUGGACUAACAAUCCUUGCAUUUUGGCUUCAAGUUCAUGACUCCAUCGACAAUUUUGUAACUUUAGGAAAAAACGUUACAUACUUUUGGAUUGCACUUAGCUCAUUGUUGCUCUUUGCCUACCCAACACCCAAACAUCCAACUCCAAGUUUUGAGUUUCACACGGCCUUCACCGGCGUGGCACUGGGAAUCGUAACAGGUGUCCAACAAACAUACCAUCAAUUUCAUCACGAAAAUGUAUCACGUUUAUUCACGCCUCAACUCACGAUUCCAGCCUUUGCUGGCAGAAUUCUAAUCGGUAUCCCAACAAUUCUGCUCGUUAAAUUCUGCAGCAAAGCUCUUGCAAAAUGGAUUCUUCCCAUUACAGCAAGUGCACUGGGGAUCCCAGUAAGAUCAUCCGGCUAUGUUGCAGCUUUGAUUGGUUCUUCAGGGGUCAAAAAGUCAAAUGAAGUCAAACAGUCUGGCGGGUAUCUCCAAAAGAUGUUUUUUAGCAGGCAGGACUCGUUUGAUGUUGAUACUGGCAUCCGAUUGCUGCAAUAUGCCGGUCUUGCUUGGUCCGUGGUUGAUCUUGUUCCUUCUUUGUUCUCUCAACUCAACUUGUGAUAACAUCCAUAGUAUUGUUUUGAGACAUUCUAUGUGUAUAUAUAUUAUUCUAGUGCUAUGAACUUUUUUGGUCGAUAUAUUGGAUAAUACCAGAUUAAUAUUGUUAUAGGGAUUUGUACAACAUACAGUUAAGUAAUUUAUCGCCAUGAAAUCGCGAAGUUUGGCGUUGUCAAGUUAUGUUUAA